GUUACCUUCCUAUCUUUGAGAGAGAGAGAGAGAGAGAGAGAGAGAGAGAGAGAGAGAGGGCAUGGUGUCCACACUUGCUUAUGACCUUAUGGUGGCAAUCGUCUGCUCAGCGCUCUUCGCCCUCAUCGUCUUCCUAGUCCUUGUCAUCAUCUUCAAGAAGAGAUCCGUGAAAUUCAAACCCGAAGAAAACAUCUCCAUCUCCAUCAGGCCAUGUGCAUACAUGUACCAUCUAACAGACAUCGACGCUGCCACCGAUGGAUUCAACCAUCGCUGUGUUCUUGGAAGGGGCCGCCUAGGGACUGUCUAUGGUGCAGUCUUAGCAACUGGUGAUGCAGUCAUCGUAAAGCGGAUCCAUCCACACCUAGUCCUAAGCAAUGCUGGCUCGAGCUUCUCCUCCGUUAUCAGGUCUCUCUCGUUGUUAGCCCACCCUCACGUGGUUCCCAUCGUCGGCUACUCUGAGGCCCCAGGAGAGCGAAUCAUCAUGAUGGAGUUGAUGGGAAUGAAGAGCUUGGAUUUUCAUCUACACCAAAAUUCUGAGGCCUCGACGACUCUCUUAGAUUGGGGCCGCCGCAUACGUAUCGCCGCUGGGGCUGCACGUGGGCUUGAGUACUUGCAUGAGGGUACUGCGCCAAGCGUAGUACAUGGGUCCAUCAAACCGUCCAACAUCUUGAUAGAUUUGAAUUUGGACGCUCGGAUCAGUGACUAUGGUCUCUCUUUCUUGGCACCCCAAGAUUGGGGAGGGCUUGUUGGGUAUUUGGAUCCAGAGUAUUGGAUUGAAAAGGGUGGUGUGUGCAAGGCCAGUGAUGUGUAUGCGUUUGGUGUAGUUUUAUUAGAGCUCUUGAGUGGCAGGAGCUGUGAUGAAGGGAUGAUUGUUCAGUGGGCCUUGCCUCUAAUCAAGAAAUCAAGGGUGGUGGAGGUUUUGGACCCUAUUCUAGUAAAGCCCCUUGACAUGAAACCCCUUGCGAGAUUGGCUAAGGUCGCUUCAGCUUGUGUGAGCAAUACAAGGAAAAACAGACCAUCUAUAGCUCAAGUGGCUACUAUUUUGAACAAUCUACAGCUUUAAAUCAUGCAUUUCAAAAGAGGGUAAUUCGUUGUAUUUUCUAUAAAAGUGUACACAUAUUUAGAUUUUUAUAUAUAAUUUUAAUUUUGUUAUUAUACGCCAGCCAAGAGCCUCAAUCAUCCAGCCAUAUGAAGUUGAAGAUAGAAAAAUUCCAUGACGACAAGUCGAGCCAAUGUCCACCUACAGCGAAAGUCUGAUGAGGUACAAAUGCCAAUAUAUUCUUAUUUAAAUAUCA